AAUUUGCCCCUCAGGAACCUGAGGAAACUAAAGUACAUCGGCCGCUUCCACCCCUUCGACCUCGACUUCAAACGCCACUGCAAGGAAGGAAAGCUCCCAAACUACGUCGUCAUCGAGCAACGCUACUUCGACCUCAAGGUCCUCCCAGGCAACGACGACCACCCCUCUCACGACGUCUCCGAGGGCCAGAAGCUCGUGAAGGAGGUGUACGAGGCGCUUCGGUCGAGCCCCCAGUGGAACGAGAUGCUGUUCGUCAUCACCUACGACGAGCACGGCGGAUUCUACGAUCACGUCCCGCCUCCUGUCGGGGUCCCUAGCCCUGAUGACAUUGUUGGGCCUGAACCCUUCUAUUUUAAGUUUGAUCGGCUUGGGGUUCGGGUUCCGACGUUUUUCAUCUCGCCUUGGAUUGAACCGGGAGUCGUGGUUCACAAGCCUUCAGGACCCCAUCCUUCAUCAGAGUUCGAGCAUUCUUCAAUCCCUGCAACCGUGAAGAAAAUCUUCAAUCUGAAACAGUUCUUGACGAAGCGCGAUGCAUGGGCUGGGACGUUCGAGACUGUACUCACAAGAACUACUCCUCGAACAGAUUGUCCAGUCACACUCCCAGAACCUGUAAAAAUGAGAAACACUACCGAAGCAGCGGAGCAAUCAAAGUUAUCCGAAUUCCAGCAAGAGCUGGUGCAAUUGGGAGCAGUAUUGAACGGAGAUUACAUCAAAGACAUCUAUCCUUACAAGUUAGUCGAGCAAAUGACUGUCGCCGAGGCUGCAAACUACACACAGGAAGCAUUCAGGACCUUCUUGAAUGAGUGCGAGAAAUGCAAGAAAAAUGGAGCAGAUGGAUCUUAUGUUGUUGUCGUGAAUCCUGCCAAGGGAACUGCUGCAGCUGAUGACAAUAACAAUGAGCAGAAGAAGAAGUCUGUUGUUACGAAAAUGUUUGGUUGCUUUGUUUGUGGACAGUCACAGGAUUAGUCGUAUUUUCGUUAACAAUCGAUGUAGAGGGAUUGUUUAUUUACUGUUGUUUAGUUGUUCAUGUACGUACUGGUUGAUUCAAUGUAGUUGUGUGGAUUGAAUUAUUGGUUUGUGAAUUGUUUAUAUUGCUCAAUACAGUUGAACUCAUAUUCAAAAAAUAAAU